GUUUUAGAUCUCUCAAACAACAAAUUCUCUGGAAUUGUUCCGAAGUUUACCGUCUUUGUUUCGGUCAAUAUAAGUGGAAAUCCGAACCUCAUACCUGCAACAGCACCAAACACUUUCCCGGAACUGGCAAAGAAAAAUGCCAGUUGCUGUUUCAAUAAUUACUGCCCUUGCUGCUGGUGUCCUUGCCGCUAGGGUAAUCACAUUCAUUGCUCUAUCAAUUCCAAGAUGUUUCUACCUUUCUUGGAUCAUCCGAAGCAAUUUUCUGACGGAAAAUGAAAUCCACAAAUCAAAUAUUUCCUUCACCAAAGCCAUGGAAACAAUAGCUAAUCCAUUGAACAUUGUCCUGAAAACUAAGUUCUCAACCUAUUACAAAUCCAUCAUGCCAUCCGGAAAGAGCUACUUCAUUAAGAAGCUGAACCGGAGUGAUAAGAUAUUCCAGAAUGAGAAAUUCGAGCAAGAGCUAGAGAUCAUAGGGAAGCUGAACCAUUCAAAUGUCAUGACUCCUUUGGCUUAUGCAUUGACUAAGGACAGUGCUUAUCUAUUUUAUGAAUAUGCCCAAACAUGCACCCUUUUCGACAUUCUUCACAGUAGCAAUGGAAGUAGUAUGGAUUGGGAAAGCCGUUACAGUGUAGCAGUAGGAUUAGCCCAGGGUCUUGCUUUUUUGAAUGGAUGCACCUCUGGUCCAAUUCUCCUCCUUGAUCUUUCAAGUAAAAACAUUAUGCUUAAGUCACUGAAAGAGCCACAACUUGGAGACAUUGAACUCUGCAAAGUGAUUGACCCCUCAAAGAGGACUGGCAGUCUUUCCACGGUUACUGGUUCUGUCGGUUAUAUUCCUCCAGAGUAUGCCUACACGAUGAGAGAAGCAGCGGUUGGGAACGUUUACAGCUUCAGAGUUAUUCUCCUAGAGUUGCUGACAAGAAGACCUCCAAUUAGCGAGGGUACUGAGUUAGCCAAGUUGGUGUUACACAACUGGGAACAUGAAGAUAAAAGGGAUGAGAUAUUUGAUGUUAAUAUCUACGCAAUUUCACUUGCUAUCAAAAACCAGAUGCUUGCAGUCCUUGAGGUUGCUAUUGCUUGUGUUAGUGUCUUACCAGAAGGAAGGCCAAAGAUGAAUGUUGUGCUACAGAUGCUACAAAAUGCGAACACAUUAACAUAAACCCAACUUUGCCUACUGAACAUUAAUUGAAUCAGUUUUAGAAGCAUAUUGUAGAACUUUUCAUUGUAGCUUUGUAUUUUGUGCAAGAGUCUUCUUGUAGAAAAGGUUAUAUAUUUAUGAAUCUCCCUUUUUUGAUUGUUC